UCUCGGGCAAAGAUUUAGGCAAGUAAAAUGUGAAAAGCCCCCCCCCUUUUUUUUAUUGUUAAUGAUUUUGGCUUGCUAGUUAGGAAGUGCCUACCGUGAAAAAGAUGAGUUAGUAACAGAAUGAAUUGGGCUGAUGUACAAGGUAGACAUAUUGUCUUUUACAGAAGUCAAUGUAAAAACACAGUUCGUGAAUGGUGUGCAAGUGGAGGUCGAUCGUCGUCAUUAAUCAGCAGUCAGCGUAAACUCUAGUUUGCUCUUUAUAUGAUAGGGGUAAUUGAAAAGUAAAAGAUAAAGCUUGAUGGUGGUAACGGAUUGAAAAAAAAACGAAAAAAAAAUAACAUUUACCUCUUGAGAAGUGUGCACAGACUACUGGCAAUCUGAAAAAGAUGAACAAUCAAGUUUCUAAAUAUUUUUUUUAUUUUAUGGUUUCCCUACGAAAUUUACGUUAUUCACAGUUAAGCGACGUCGAGAACUGAUUUGGGAUUCAAAUUUGUUUACGUGAUUAUUGAAUCAUGUAACAGACCGCCAGGUGGCAGGCGUGCACCAUCGUUGACUACCAGCUUUGACUGUCGUCUGCUGCUAAAAUCAUACGUGUAAAAUUGAAACAUGAAUAAUUCAUUAAUACGUUAAAGGUCUGUUUCGCUCAGGUUUGCGUUGGCAGUUAACAUUUUAGUAGAAAGAAAUAUUUCAAGUUGGUUGAAUUUACAAUAAAUGGCUUGCAGAUUGAUUGCCAUGGCAAAUCAGGUAAUCUCUGCCAACCUAACCUUGCACAAUAGAUCUCGUGCAUCAACAGUUAUGGCAGGAAGCAAUUUAGUAACUUGAAUAGCAACAGGAAAAGUAUUGAUAGCCUGAAAAAAUUGUACAUUUUUCCAAGUUUGAAAGUAGUCAGGGUCCAAAGCAGUGGAGUAAAUAGUGGCUUAAUUGUAAUAGUAAUUGUUAAUGCCUGCAUCUCGUGACCUAAUUUUUGCAUCCUUAUUUUCAGCAGCAACAUCUAAAUAGAUUAAAUAAGUUUACUGUGAUGUUAUUGCUAGACCCUAUUCAGAAUCCUAAUUUGCAAGAAUCUGAAUAAUGAAUUUCACUUUUUCUGAGUUGUUCGCUAGUUUCAGGUACUGUUGCAACCAUUCAACACAUGAGUUUCCCCCUUCACAUUUUAUGAAAAGCAGAUGUUGAAAAACUAAGCGUUGGAGUACUUCCGAACGGAUUAUCCACUAGCGGAUUAAGAUGUGGAUGAUCUCCUCAAAGAAAUUUCCGCUGUCCAUUGAACAAGGACAGAACCCAGUUGGCUUAUCCUUUAAUCUGCCGGCAUAGUCAGAAAAUGGAUAAUCCUUUCACCAAUGAACAUUGCUGGCGGAAGUCUUUGAAAGAAUUUCCGUUCUUUCCAACCAAUGAAGAAGAAUGUUACUCCAAAAUGUUUUUCCCCCUAUAAAACGACUCGCUCCAUCCGUGAAAGUCAUCAUUCCUUCUUUGCUCUCUGACAACCUCACAUCUCGCUAUUUCCGUAAGGUAAGUUUUAAGUGUAUCUGCGGAUUUUCAGUUCUAGUUUACUUCUAAUUUUAAGUGUUAAAAGUACUGGGCUAAUUAUGGCUAAUUAUGACGCUUCCAUAUCAAAAUCUUCCAGAUCAACUCGUCAACGUCAUUUUUAUGACGAAGCUCAAUUAGCUGUGCUCAACGCAGAGUUCGCUAGAAAUUCGUUUCCCAGCCGAGAAUGUCGACGUCGUAUUGCUUUGCUUAUCGGUGUUUCAAACAAAUCAAUUAUGUGGUGGUUUCAAAAUCGUCGACGCCGUAUCCGUCAAAGAGGAUUUGGAUUAGGAGCUACAGCGCAAUCUUACGAAACAAGCCGUCAACAGCGUCGAUCAUCGCCGUACGCCAUCCCAUCUCAGCGAGUUCAACAAGACGUUAUACCCUGCUGCCUUCCAGCGUCUGGGGAGUAUACAGUUACUCAAGACGUGGAGGAAUUUAUGACAAAUUGUUGGGCGAAAGAUUCAUCAACAACCUCCCCGCCGUUUCAGCCGAACAUUGGAUCAAACAGUUGUACAGGUUACUAUCCGGAGAUGAACCCUCAACCCGAAUUAGUUAGCUUUUCUUCUGGAUACCAAUGGUCUGGAUACCAACCGAGUGAUCAACAACAGCAAGCCUAUUCUUUCUGGAACAACUUGCAGUACGCUCCUUUUUCCUACCCAUCUUCUUCAAACACAAUGCAGAAGACAGCCAUUACCUACCCCGAAGCUCAACAUCUAUACAAAUAUUCGAACGCUUCUUGUUCAUACGCGUAUCAUCCUUCUGAAUAUUGUAAUCAGGUGUACAUGUAAAUGAUAUUCUUGGUCUGAUCCGUUACAAAAUAAAUCUUCCUUAGCUCUA